CCCCAAAUCAUAUGAUCUGAUUGAUAUCGAUUUGGUUGAUUUAAAGUGAAACAGUAAUGAUCCGCCAUAGUUCUUUCACUCGAUCAUCUUUGUUGGGUUUCGUGGGGUUUUAACUGAUGCAUGUGCUGAAAAUUUCAUCCAAUUGAUGAUCAACUGGAUCGGUAGAACCGGCGUCGCUGGAGAUCUAUCUGGGAAUCUAGUUGGCUCAGUUUUUGUAUUAUAAAAUUCGACAUUUAAUGGUUUUGCCAAUUAAAUAAUAAGGGAAGUCAUUAAUUAACGGAGAGGUGUAGUUGGUAAUCUCGAAUCGAUGAGAGGUUGAGAAAGUGAGAGCUACUGCUAAUCCCGAGCCAGUCGAAGUAGUAUUCGACGGCAGAGGUAGGGUGGAGUUUCGUGGAUUAAUGGGGAUCUUUUGUUUAGCGAGAAUUGGAUCUUCAUUUUUAUUAAAAGAAUGGUUCUUUUCACUGUGAAUUACAGUUGCAGCUGAUCACUAUUAAUCAAGAGAGCUUAUUUGCUUAGUAUUACUCUUGGGUUUACUCAUUUAUUACGGGGGAAAUAAGCUUAAGAGCUUCUUCUUCUUCUUCUUCUUCUUCUCUCUCUCUCUCUCUAUCUCUCUCUCUCUCUCUCUCGAUUAAAGCAUUAGUGGAUUGGACUGAGCUCAAGACACUCGGAUUGUGAAGAGAAAAAAACAAACGGAGUUGCUCUGAUGGCGUAAGGACAGGACAGGACCAGGAAUUCGGGUUUCUUCAAGGUUGGGGGGAUGUCUCGGCCGCUUCAUCGUGGUUUAUCCGGUGGAAAGAUUGCAGGGAGUACCCAUUAUUCCUGGGACUCUCAGAUGAAAGUCAGAACUGAGAAAGAGGAACUGUUUAGGAAUCGCUCUUCCCCUUCUCCUUCUCUUUCUCCUUCUCCCUCUCCUGAUCGCAAGCCUCUGUCAUUCCGUGACUUUGUUAGUUUAAUUUUUGGAGACAAUUCUUCUCCCAAGUCUGGAUUCAGUGAGAAUGGUUUUGGAUCUGAUCCUUUCAACGUGGGAACUUCCCGAAGCCGGCACAAUCUGACCCUGCUGUUGCUUAAGGCCAGUUUAAUUCUAAUUGUGAUUCUUGCUGUUUCUGGAUCUCUUUUGUGGACGAUCACCAUUUCAACAUCCUCGAGAGGUUACAUCGUUAGGGGCUAUAGGCGGCUCCAAGAACAACUCAUCUCUGACCUUGCAGAUAUUGGGGAAUUUUCUGUUGGCUCUGCGAAGUGGAAGGAGGUGGAAUUCUGCUCUGAGGAGUUUGAGAACUAUGUUCCUUGCUUUAAUGUUUCUGAUAAUCUUGCUUCUGGUUACUCCGAUGGCAACGAGUUUGACCGUCAAUGUGAGCAUGAAUCCAAGCAGACCUGCUUAGUGCUUCCACCUAGGAAUUACCGAGUUCCUCUCAGGUGGCCUACUGGAAGAGAUGUCAUAUGGAGUGCUAAUGUGAAAAUUACUGCCCAGGAAGUUCUUUCCUCUGGAAGUUUGACUAAGAGGAUGAUGAUGUUGGAGGAAGAUCAGAUAUCCUUUCGAUCUGACUCUCUUAUGUUUGAUGGAGUUGAAGACUAUUCCCAUCAAAUUGCUGAAAUGAUUGGGCUGAGGAACCAAUCUUAUUUCAUUCAGGCUGGGGUUAGGACUGUCUUGGAUAUAGGAUGUGGUUAUGGUAGCUUUGGAGCACAUCUCUUUUCAAAGCAACUAUUGACCAUGUGCAUUGCAAACUAUGAGGCCUCUGGCAGUCAAGUCCAACUAACUUUAGAAAGAGGUCUUCCUGCUAUGAUUGGUUCUUUUACUUCAAAACAGUUGCCAUAUCCUUCUCUUUCGUUUGAUAUGUUGCAUUGUGCAAGAUGUGGUAUCGACUGGGAUCAGAAAGAUGGUAUUUUCUUGGUUGAAGUUGAUAGAGUUUUGAAACCGGGUGGAUACUUUGUCUGGACAUCACCAAUCACCAAUUCUCAUGUGUCACUUCGUAACAAAGAGAUUCAGAAAAAAUGGAAGUCUGUUCUCCACUUUGCAGAAAAUCUCUGCUGGGAGAUGUUGUCACAACAAGAUGAAACUGUUGUAUGGAAGAAAACGAGUAAAAGAAACUGUUAUGCUUCUCGGAAGUCUGGUUCAGGGCCUCCCAUCUGCAGUAAAGGCCAUGAUACUGAAUCUCCAUAUUAUAGACCACUACAGUCAUGCAUAGCAGGAACUCACAGCCACCGCUGGAUUCCUAUUGAAGCACGGACAACAUGGCCAUCUAGGGUUCAUCUAAACUCGACUGAACUUGGAAGUUAUGGUGUCCGUUCGGAAGAGUUUGCUGAGGAUUCCCUGAACUGGAACUCAGCAGUUCGUAACUAUUGGUCUCUGCUCUCCCCCUUGAUAUUUUCAGAUCAUCCUAAGAGACCUGGUGAUGAGGAUCCUUCCCCACCUUAUAACAUGCUAAGGAAUGUGCUGGAUAUGAAUGCUCGAUUUGGAGGUUUUAAUUCUGCUUUAUUGGAUGCUGCAAAAACUGUGUGGGUCAUGAAUGUAGUCCCAACAAGCGGACCCAACUACCUCCCUUUAAUCCUUGAUAGGGGAUUUGUUGGGGUAUUGCAUGACUGGUGUGAAGCAUUUCCGACAUACCCAAGAACUUAUGAUAUGGUUCAUGCUGAAGGCCUACUAUCACUAGAAACCAGUCAGCAGCGUAGGUGCACUAUGCUUGAUUUAUUCAUAGAGAUUGAUCGUCUACUUCGCCCAGAGGGUUGGGUGAUGUUCCGAGACAUGGCUCCCCUAAUUGAAUCAGCUAGGACAAUUGCAACACGGCUGAAAUGGGAUGCACGGGUAGUGGAGAUUGAGAGUAAUGGCGAUGAGAGGCUCCUUGUCUGUCAGAAACCUUUAUUCAAGAAAUUUCAGUUGUAGAUACAAAUUUCAAGUGAAGCCUGGUAAGGUUCACAUCAUAGUAUUCAUUAAUUUUGCGGAUGUUGUUAUAUCACCAUCAAGGUCUGCGAAGGGAGAUCUCGAGGAUUUUGAACAGAAAACAACAAGAUGCUGAGGACGAGAGGAAACAUUGUCACAAACUCCUAUGGAACCGCAAGGUGUCCAUGGGGCCAUGUAAUUAUAAAAGGAACAGAAAAAAAAAAAAUCAGUAAAGGGAAGGUGAUAGCACAAUUUUUUUUUUUUUUCAUGUAAUGUCUCAUUAUAACGAUACAACCAUGAUGAUUUAGAUUGUUGAGAAGAUGAAUAAACAAGUGAUGUUCAAUGGAGUA